ACACCGAAUUUUCAAUGACAGCCUUGAAUACAACCCGGUUUGUAUUCGCUUAAAAUACAGAUAACGCUGAGUUGUAGAUAAUACAGAACUUCAGUUACUGUAGCUAGCUAUCAUUGCAGUAUGAAGUGAGCACGGUCUUGUUGGAUUGAGAGGAUAAUAUUCACCGUGUUCUCCGUGUACAGCCCUAAGAAAUGGAGACUCUUAUUCCCAUCAUCAACCGGCUCCAGGAAGUCUUCCUGACAGUGGGGGCAGAGAUCAUCCAGCUGCCUCAGAUAGUGGUGGUUGGCUCGCAGAGCAGCGGCAAGAGUUCUGUGUUGGAGAGCCUGGUUGGAAAGGAUUUUCUUCCCCGGGGAUCAGGCAUAGUCACACGGCGACCCCUAGUGUUGCAGCUGGUGAAUGUGCCCCCAUUGGCAGAGAGGAGGCUGCAAGAAAAUGGAAAUGGGGUAAAACAAAAUGCAAACAGCUACCCAGGGAUCAAGGCUGAUGAAUGGGGCACGUUCCUCCAUAGCAAGAACCAGAUUUUCACAGAUUUCCUGGAGAUUCGCAAGGAGAUUGAAGAAGAGACUGAGCGUAGCUCAGGCGGCAACAAGGGAAUCAGCCCUGAGCCCAUCUAUUUGAAGAUUUUCUCUCCUCAUGUCCUCAAUCUCACACUGGUUGACUUGCCAGGAAUAACCAAGGUUCCGGUUGGAGACCAGCCAGAGGACAUAGAAGCUCAAGUCCAAGAGAUGAUCCUAUCCUUCAUCUCCAACCCCAACUCCCUUAUCCUCUCAGUGUCUCCUGCCAACUCUGACUUGGCCACCUCUGAUGCCCUCAAACUGGCCCGUGAGGUCGACCCAGAUGGCCGCAGAACACUGCUGGUGGUCAGUAAGCUGGACCUGAUGGAUGCAGGGACAGAUGCUUUGGAGGUCUUGCUGGGUCGGGUCAUUCCAGUGCGGCUCGGAAUUGUGGGAGUGGUCAACAGGAGCCAGCAUGACAUCAACACCCAGAAGAGCAUAGAGGACACGGCACGGGACGAGCAGGCCUUCCUCCAGCGCCACUACCCAUCUCUGGCCUCCCGCUGCGGCUCCCGCUACCUGGCCCGCACCCUGAGCCGCCUGCUCAUGCACCACAUCAGGGACUGCUUGCCGGAGCUGAAGAGGCGUGUGACGGUGUUGAGUGCCCAGUACCAGGCCCGGCUCAGCAGCUACGGCCAGCCUGUAGAGGACCACAGCGCUACCCUGCUACAGAUCGUUACCAAGUUCGCCAGCGACUACUGCAACACCAUCGAGGGCACCGCCACGCACAUCCAGACAUCUGAGCUCUGCGGGGGGGCUCGGAUCUGCUACAUAUUCCAUGAGACCUUUGGCCGCACUCUUCAGUCUAUUGACCCCCUGGGGGGCUUGACGGAGCUCGAUAUCCUCACUGCAAUCCGCAAUGCUACGGGUCCACGGCCGGCCCUCUUUGUACCUGAGAUCUCCUUUGAGCUGCUGGUGAAGAGGCAGAUCAAGCGUCUGGAGGAGCCCAGUCUGCGCUGUGUGGAGCUGGUCCACGAGGAGCUGCAGAGGAUCAUCCAGCACUGCUCCUCCUACAGCACACAGGAGCUCCUUCGGUUUCCUAAGCUGCACGACUCCAUUGUGGAGGUGGUAACUAGUUUACUCAGGAAGCGCUUGCCCAUUACGAAUGACAUGGUCCACAACUUGGUUCAAAUUGAGCUCGCUUACAUCAACACAAAGCACCCAGACUUCACCGAUGCUGCUCAGGUCUCAGCAUCUGUCAACAGUCAACAGGGCAUGCAGGAUGGAGAUAAACACUGGAAGAAUGAGAAAGUUGCAGAGGAGAAGGCACCAGUGGCAGGUUUCAGCAGCCCUGUUAAGGGCCAGGCCAUCAACCUCCUGGACACAGCAGUGCCGGUGUCCCGCAAGCUGAGUGCCCGGGAGCAGAGAGACUGUGAGGUCAUCCAACGCCUCAUCAAAUGCUACUUCCUCAUCGUCCGCAAGAGCAUUCAGGACAGUGUGCCCAAGACGGUGAUGCACUUCCUGGUGAACUUUGUGAAGGAGCGUCUGCAGAGUGAGCUGGUGGGCCAGCUGUACAAACAGAACCUGCUGCAGGGGCUGCUCAUCGAGUCCCAAGACACAGCACAACAGAGGACAGAGGUGGCCCAGAUGCUGGAGGCUCUCCAAAAAGCCAGCAACAUCAUCUCGGAGAUCCGGGAGACACACCUGUGGUAGCCCAAUGUAACUAACCGUUCUCCACUGUUAGCAUGUCUUUGAGAGUGUGUGUGAGAGUGUAUGUGUGUCUGUAGGUGUGAAUGUGUGUUACGGUACUGUAUAGCAAUACCACUGAGCUCACACUGACCAUAAAACAUCCAGCCGUCCUUUUUUCUGUCCACUGGCCUCAUGGCUGGAGGAUUUGGACUAUUGUGUCUCACUGUGAAUAGAGUGAUUGAGACCAACACACUCAGGCAGAGCUGGUCCAUUGUAUUGAGAUGGCUUUAAUGUGAAAGAGACGACCAUGAUCAAAAACAAAGUAAGUGCAACAAUCGUCUGUCUAAAUAUCUGUUCGGUCUUUUGGUUGUGGUUGUUAAUGUGUUUUUUAUAAUGUGGAGUAUUACAUUGUUUUCUUGAGUAUUUAUUGCAUCUGAUCAUGGCACAUGUUGUGGCUGUAAUGUUGCAUUUGAUUCCAUUGAUUAGGUAUCUAUUUAUGGAAGAGUGAUCUCAAACCAUGAUCGCUUGAUACGCAUGUAGCAGUUUCUGAACGCAUAUGUAGAGUAAGUAUAAUCAGUCAGUAUCAGGUUUCCCCAUGUUUUAAGUAACAUUCUGUAAAGAUGAACAGAGGGUGACAACCAACCCUAGGUUGAACAGUGGGCAUUGUCUGCAAUAUAAUGUUGAAAUAUGAUCCAGGUCUUUAGGGAUGCUGCAGAGGUUUGGUUUGACCUGGUCUACAGUGCUGAUGGGUACAGUAGUUGUACGCUAGAACAGACGUAUGUUCUUGACGUGUCGCAUUUACGUAUCGUUCCAGGUGUACAGUUGCACUGUUUAAGCAUAUUAGUCCUAUAACGAAGUUGUAUGUUCACAACAUAGAAUACAGUAUUCCUUUUCUCCA